GUCGUUGAUGACGUCAAGGGAGAGGAUAGCACAGUUGCCUUGAGACCCCCCGGCGCCAGUAGUGACUGUAGCCGUGGAGACUGUUACUUGCCAACCAGGGACACACGUUUAGCAGUGGCCGGAGGAGCAACCCGGGGACCGCGGGGCCACAAGUUUCACUUCAUCAACCGCACAGGGAGCCGUACCCAGAAACAUGCAAAGUUCAGACAGUGGCUCAGAUUCUGCGACCUCGGUUGCGUUACGAACCUCAGCAUCUGCUCAAGCACCAGUGGUUCAGCCAGUUCCAGCUUCUCCACAGAGGAGUUUGGCUCAGUCGUCUAGCUCUGCUCUCAAAGGGGCACAUGGGCAGGGUGUCUCUGUGCCCAGAGCUCACCAGAUACAUCAGCAGGUCCAGACUGUGCAACAUGUUUACCCUGCACAAGUGCAGUAUGUGGAAGGAGAUACUGUGUACACCAAUGGAGCCAUCCGAGCAGCUUAUUCCUACAAUGCUGAAGCCCAGAUAUAUGCUCCAAGUAGCGGUGCCUCUUAUUUUGAUUCUCAGGGUGGAGGUGCCCAAGUGACCACUGUGGUCUCCUCUCCCACUGCAGUACCCUCCCACAGUAUGGUGGGCAUCACCAUGGAUGGGAGCCAAAUCAUCUCUAGCUCUGGAGCAUACCUGAUCCAUGGUGGACUGGACAAUUCACGCCAUAGUUUAUCUCACACUUCUCGUUCCUCACCUGCAACGCUGCAGUGGCUGUUGGAUAACUAUGAAACAGCAGAUGGUGUGAGUCUGCCCAGGAGCUCCUUGUACAACCAUUACCUGCGGCACUGCCAGGAGCACAAGCUAGAUCCAGUGAAUGCAGCCUCGUUUGGCAAACUAAUACGCUCUGUGUUUAUGGGGCUGCGGACACGGCGUCUUGGCACCAGGGGAAACUCUAAAUACCACUACUAUGGCAUACGUCUAAAACCGGAUUCUCCUUUGAACCGACUACAAGAGGACACCCAGUAUAUGGCAAUGAGACAGCAGCCCAUUCAUCAGAAGCAAAGGUAUAGACCUUCACAAAAGAUGGAAGGUAUGCUAGAUAACACUCCAAACAGCAGCCAGCACACUUCUCCAGAGCAGUCCGUAGCUGCCCAGAGCCAGCAUCACCAGCAAUUCAUAGAUAUGUCCCAUGUUCCAGAUUUUCCUGCACCGGAUCUCGGCACCAUACUCUUACCAGAUGGCAUUUCCAUGACCGAUAUAAAGAAUUUGCAGCUUAUGUAUCGGCGACACUGUGAGGCAACUAUUGAUGUGGUUAUGAAUCUACAGUUCCAGUACAUUGAGAAGUUAUGGCAGGCAUUUUGGAACUCGAAGCAACCUCACCAGACGGUUCUAACCACAUUCUUAUUACGCAGUGAUGAGGAACCAGAAGCUUUAUCCAAAGACAAAUUGAUGGUUAUGUGUAAAUAUGAACCCAUUAUGAGGAUGAGGAGCUGUGACCAUAUCCUGUAUCAAGCCCUUGUAGAAAUUCUCAUCCCAGAUGUUCGUCUUCCUGUACCCAGUACGUUGACUCAGGCUAUCAGGAAUUUUGCAAAGAGUCUGGAGGGAUGGCUGACAAAUGCAAUGUGUGACUUUCCUCAUCAGAUUGUUCAGGCAAAGGUUGGUGUUGUUAGUGCAUUUGCUCAAACCUUGCGUCGAUACACAUCCUUAAAUCAUCUAGCGCAAGCAGCCCGUGCUGUCUUGCAGAAUACGUCCCAAAUUAAUCAGAUGCUUAGUGAUCUCAAUCGUGUGGACUUUGCUAAUGUUCAGGAACAAGCAUCUUGGGUGUGUCAGUGUGAGGAAGGCAUAGUCCAGAAGCUGGAACAAGAUUUCAAGUUAACUCUUCAGCAACAGAGUUCUUUGGACCAGUGGGCGAGUUGGUUGGAUAAUGUUGUUACCCAAGUCCUGAAGCCACAUGAAGGGAGCCCCAGUUUCCCAAAAGCUGCCAGGCAGUUCCUUCUGAAGUGGUCAUUCUACAGCUCAAUGGUAAUCCGGGACCUCACCUUGCGCAGUGCUGCCAGUUUUGGGUCCUUUCAUCUAAUCAGAUUACUUUAUGAUGAAUACAUGUUCUACUUGGUGGAACACAGAGUUGCUCAAGCAACGGGAGAGACACCCAUUGCAGUAAUGGGAGAGUUCAGUGAAUUGUCUUCUGUGUUAAUUGAUAAAGAUGACCUCAGCGACCUUGGAAGUGAUACAGAUGGAGACCUUCGUGCCUCUGGUGAGCCCCCAGUCAAGAGGGAGCGUGUGGAUAUGAACCACUCCAUGCAGGAAAUGUAGAAAAGAAAAGUCAACGAUGCCUUAUUGCUUCUUAUAAUGGGAUGUCCUCAUUUCUGAGGCAACCUGCCUUCAUGAAAGUAGUGCCUGCUUAACACACACACACAUUGUGUUUUCCUAUUAAGGACCACUUCCACCAUUUUCCUGGCAUUUGCUGUUAAUGUUUUAAAUGAAGUAUGGCAUGGAAAAUGUGACAUCACUGACAAUCGCACUGCAGCCAUAUGUGCCAUGAUCCUACUCUUUAUUGUGCAGAUUUUCUUUUAAGCUAAAGUACCUAGGUUGGAGGUAUGUCAAAAGAUGUUUUAGGUUAUUUUUGAGAUUUGUUAAAAUAAAGCAACCUAGAUAUUGUGGAUUAUAGUUUGAGCCUUGUCACACUGUUGGGUACCUAU